GCGAAACCCCUCCGGGCCGCAUUUUCAGCCGCCGGCGAGCCUCUCCGCUAAGUCGAUCGGCUGCCCAGCCGUGGGCUAGACGCUUCCUACUCCCGUGCGAGGUUUAGUUUUCCGAGUCUGCCAACGCCACCAUUCACGAGACAAUGGAAUUUCAAUUCAACUUCUCUAUAGACCAAAUAACAGAAAACAGAACAGAUACUGCUGAGAAUGAAAAGCUACAGCAGGAAAUGGUCCUAUUGAAUAAUCAAGGUGAUGUUUCAGAAAACAGCAAUAAGAUUACCUCAGAAGAAAAUAUAUUAAAUUACUAUUUAUCUGGAACCACUGCUAAUAUAUCAGACCACAAUACUUUGAAUGGAAGCCCUGACUCAAGUUUGUUGAGGAAACAGUCCUGUCCUAAAUCUGCCAAGGUGCAUGAUAUUCCUAAAGAUAUCAGUAAAGUCCUUGAGAGCAAAAUUAUUGCAACUUUACCAGGCAUUCACUAUGCAAAUAUUUCUGUGGUGGAGGCUGCACUUCCAGGAAAUUCUGUCGGAGAAAAUAUUAUGCCUAACAUUUCUUCUCAGUCUGACCUAAUUACAGGUGUCUAUGAAGGAGGUUUAAAGAUUUGGGAAUGCACUUUUGAUCUCAUGGAUUAUUUAUCAGAAAUUGACAUUCAGUUUGCACAGAAGUCAGUUUUGGACUUUGGAUGUGGAGCUGGACUGUUAGGAAUAGUUGCACUAAAAGGAAAUGCUAAAGAAGUUCAUUUUCAAGAUUAUAACAGUUCAGUAAUUGAAGAAAUCACCAUGCCGAACAUGCUGGCUAAUUGUUCUCAAGAUGAUGGUGAAGAAGAUACCCAAUUUCACCUAAAUCAAUCUAGGAAAAAAGACUUCACCCAAGAUUUUCUAUCUAAAUGCAAGUUUUUUUCUGGGGAAUGGUCAGAAUUUAGUAAAUUUAUUUUAAAUAAUACCAAGCCUUUAGUAAAAUACGAUCUCAUACUUACAUCAGAAACUAUUUAUAAUCCUAAUUACUAUGAAGCUUUCCAUGAUGCAAUUUCAAGUUUAUUGGCAAGAAAGGGCACCAUAUUUUUAGCUAGCAAAGCACAUUAUUUUGGGUGUGGAGGAGGGGUCUACCUUUUUACAAGUUUCAUAGAAAAGAAGAAUAUAUUUAAAUCUCAAACAGUUAAAGUUAUUGAGAAGGGGCUCAAGCGUUUCAUUAUUAAACUGACAUUUAACAAUUCCUGUUAGCCAAUUCCUGUUGGCUCAACAUAUUAUUAAAUAUGCAUUUUCUGUUAUCAGAGGUUUUGUAAUUACUAAUACAUUUAAUUUUACUUACACCAUUUUUCAUUUCCCAUGUUUUUUCAUCUCUGAAUUAUUUAUAAUUAUUUGUGCAGGGUAUAUACCACAUAAACAUAUUUUUUACCUUGA